CGUCGGAUGAAAACAUUGUUAUGGAGAGAUGAGGAGCGCAAUCUGUAACCGAGAACGAAGGAGAUUAGGCAAUGCGUUUUCAGUGAGAAAUCAGGACGAGUAUCGAUCGACAUAUGUUGAACAGUAAGACCAUAUCAAAUGGGUUUCUGGACUUUGGAAAUCACGUUUCUUGGGUUUUUUAAAGAUAUCGCCGCGAGCUGUACCCAAGAACUAGCUAGUCAAGCGCGGAGGUACUACGACUGAGGGCAAAUAACAACACAUUUGACAGCAGUGCUGCUGUCAAGCCUUCGAUUUGCUUACUUUCUUACUCCGUUUGGUUGUAAACAGAUACUCACACGUGACGAUGUGAGCGGCUCUGCAUUGUCUGGUAGUGGGGAUGCACAAAAAGGGGCCUCCGCAAUCGAGUGUCAGGUGAGGGAAGAAGGUGAAGAUUGAUGCAAAUGCAGGACCAGUACAAAAUACCCGUUUUAGUGUCAGGUUAUGAAGAGGCAAAAUGGCCGUUUUACUGAUCACUUUAUGAUGUCGCUUUAAGUCAACGUUAAAAUAUUUCUGGAUAUACUGUUAAGUGAACUAGCUGGCUGUGCAAGCUAAUUUGUCUUUCAUCAUCGGACGGGUGAAAAUAUAUUCGCUGUUUGAAAUAUGUCAUUCACAAUGGAAGACACUUUAGAGUCGGGGUGGGUGGCCGUUAGACCUAAUGUUUUUGAUGAAAAAGAAAAGCACAAGUUCGUUUUCAUUGUCGCUUGGAAUGAUGUGGAAGGGAAGUUUGCCAUCACAUGCCACAACAGAACGGUGCAGAGAAGGAGUGUUGCCAGAGAAUCAGUCGCAGAGGGUACGGCCGCUCUCAAGCCGACUGAAUUGGAGAGUAAACCCAAAACUUCCGAAAGUCCCAUCAAGGGAAAGGUCGAAAGUGACAGCCCGACAAAGAAAAUAGGGAGUCCGGUAAAAACAGAACCCUGCACACAAAUUUCAGUGCGCCGAAAGGAUUCAGUACAUUCAAGUCCAGGUAAGGGUGUCACCAGAGAAGUUGGAUCACAGAGCAGAGGGCCAAGUAGAGCAAUGGACAUUGAAGUCUUGGACCCCACUGUUAUCAAAGGGGAGAGCCGCUCUCCGGAAGUUGAAUCCGCUGAUUCAGAGGAUUUGGAGAGCAACAUCAGAGAGCAUUGCAGCUGGGCUGGACUCUUUUCCUUCCAGGACAUGCGGGCUGUCCACCUGCAACUGUCAUCAAUCAACUCUGACCUGGAGCCAUGUUUACCCCCUUUCCCAGAAGAGCCAUCGGGAAUGUGGACAGUGUUGUUUGGACCUCAGGAGGUCACAGAGAAAGAGACUGAAGUCCUGUGCUACCAGCUGCAGGUUUACCUGGGCCAUGCGCUUGACACUUGUGGAUGGAAGAUUCUUUCUCAAGUACUUUUCACUGAGAGCGAUGACCCUGAGGAGUACUAUGAGAGUUUGAGUGAACUGCGACAAAAGGGCUACGAGGAGGUGCUACAAAGGGCCAAGAAGCGACUUCAUGAGCUCCUGGAGAAGCACAAGGCCAUGGAGAGCAUGGUGGAGCUGCUGGAGAUUUACCAGGAGGAGGACGAGGCGUACGGGGACCUGGCCGAGGCCACCACCCAGCUCUACCAGUACCUGCUGCAGCCCUUCCGCGACAUGCGGGAGCUGGCCAUGCUACGCAGGCAGCAGAUCAAGAUCUCCAUGGAGAAUGAUUUCCUGGGCCCGCGCAGGAUCGAGGCCCUGCAGAAGGAAGAUGCUGACUGGCAUAGAAAGGCCCAGGCUGCUGUCCUCUCCAUCCAGGACCUCACUGUGAAGUACUUUGAGACCACCGCGCGGGCACAGAAAGUGGUCUACGAGCGCAUGCGCACGGACCAGAAGAAGUUUGGCAAGGCUGCAUGGGCGGUGGCAGUGGAUCGCAUGGAGAAGCUGCAGUACUCCGUAUCCAAGGAGACGCUGCAGCUGAUGAGGGCCAAGGAGAUCUGUCUGGACCAGAGGAAGCAUUCGCUGCGGGAGGAGAUGCAGGGCCUUCAGGGCGGUGAGGAUGCCAUGUCGCGGCUGGACCAGCUGGAGGCUCUGUACUAUGAGCUGCAGCUGCAGCUGUAUGAGAUCCAGUUUGAGAUCCUGAAGUACGAGGAGCACCUCCUCACUGCGCAGCUGGAGAGCACCAGGAGGCAGGUGACGGAGAGGCAGGAUGAAGUGGUGUACUAUGACACCUAUGAGAGCAUGGACGCCAUGCAGGACUGCGACAGCGUGCCCGGCUCCGUGCUCCCCCGGCAGGAGGAGCUGGCCAAGCUGCAGCUGAGGGUGCGGCAGCUGGAGGCCAGGAGGGGGCGCAUCACCGCAAAGAAAGCCUACCUCAGAAACAAGAAGGAAAUAUGUGUUUUCAAUCACAAUGAGAAGAUGAAGCAGCGCCAAGGCAGCGAAGAGGACCACAAAUCCCAUCAUGCUCAGCAGCAGAGUGAGCAGGAGGAAGAGGCGAAGAGGAGCUCUCUGGUCAGCCAGGAGAGGCAGAAAACUCUGGACAGGCUGCGCAGCUUCAAGCAGCGGUACCCUGGUCAGGUUGUACUGAAGUCCACCAGGCUCCGGUUGGCACACUCCCGAAGGACAGAUGGCGGAGUCACCGCCCCCAGUGUGAUCCUGGCCCAGCGGUCACCGGAGGCGGGCGCUCUGGCAGAGGAGGGCGGGGCUGCCCCUGCAGCUGGAAAACUCGAAAGCUUGUCCCUACCUCCAGGGGGCGCUGCCGCUCCUGCCGUCUCCCUACCUCCAGAGAGCUCUGUCUCAGUGCUCAGCUCUCCUCUCACCCCCUCUCCCCCACCACCUCCUCCUCCUCCUCCCCCCCCUCCACCCCCUCCGUGCGCUCCGGAGGACGGCCCCGCGGAGGGGCCGGGAGCUCCCGGGAGCCCUGUUCGGCAGCUGAAGGUGGAGGGGAGCGAGGCCCACGGCGUCCCCCUCGGACCCAUCGUCGGCCGCUUCUUCGACAGCAGCCAGCUGGUGAACGCCAGGAAGAAGCUGAAGAAGACCGCAGCCCUGGAGGCCUCCCAGAGUAGGAGGGCGAGCUCCCCGAUGGAUGAGGUGCUGGCCUCCCUGAAGCGCGGCAGCUUCCACCUGCGCAAGGCCGAGCUGCGCGUCCUGCGGCCCGACCCGGACCAGGACGACAGCAACAACAUCCUGGCGCAGAUCCGCAAGGGCGUGAAGCUGAAGAGGGUGCAGCAGCAGGAGCUGCGCUCCUCCCUGGCCGACCUGCGCCAGUCUGCCGACCCGCUCACCCGCAGCAUCCACGAGGCCCUGCGCCGCAUCAAGGAGGCCUCGCCCGAGUCUGAGGACGAGGACGACUCGCCGCCCUGCGGGGACUGGGAGAGCUAGACCCCCCUCAGCUGCGCACAACUGUGACUGCAUAACCCCAAUAAACACAGCACACACAGAGACCAAGCCCGUGCCCUGUACAUUGUACAUUCUGCCUGUCUCAUUUCUGGCUCUGAGGCCAAGCCUGGCCAGACGGUUCAGACUCUUUCCUGUUCAUUACAAUGAAGCUGGUCCUGUACAAUGAAGGAGCCUUUGAGCGCACAGCUGUUCCACAGGUCUCUGUCGUGUCUUCUCCCUCACUCAGGCCUGGUGUGAAGCAUCCCAAUGACAGCCACAGCCACAGCUGAGGGGCGCUGAACCGCCGGGUGAGAGUGAGUGAUCCCCAUACCAGCCCACCACCCCACCCCUCCCUGCAGACCACCGCUGAUGUCUCCUCAUUCACUUCUCAUUCCUUCUGAUUUCUAUGGGAUCAAGUGUUAUACGGCCGGAUGUUAGUACAAAUUCUGUAGGACCAGAGUCUGCUGCUGUCAUAGUUAUGGUACAUUUUCUGUGUUGACUGAUCGGAUUUUAUCAUUUUUAUCUGUGUAAUGACAGGUGAAAGGUGAUAUUUUUAAGCAUUAUCACUUAAAAGGGAGUGUUGUUAUACUGUUUAUCAGCACAGCUGUAAAUUUGCAACACAUUUUAGGCGAGAGACUAUGAUUUUAUCUAUCUAUCUUAUUCAGGUCCGCCAACAAAAAUAUUUCCUUCAGAGUUCUAUUAGCCACUGUUACAACUGUCACUUUUGCCUUUUGCAACAAAUGCAAAGACUGACUAGUUAGCCGGCUAGCUGGCUAACUCACAAAUCUAGCCACUGUGUUCACGUGACCGGCAUUUGAUUGGUCAUGUGCUAGUCUGCAGCGUGUUCAGAUGUUGCUGUAUCUUUUCCUGAACUCGUGAUGGCCCAGAAACCACAGACAUUGGAACAUCAAGCAGCAGUGAUAUAAUCCCUCUCUAAAUAUUCUUCCAUUGUCAUUACAUGGAAGAAAUAAAAAAAUUAUGUUAUAAAAUAUAUCCACUUCGUUGAAAUUGAAAUGUAGCUAACCGUAACCUUUUUCUGAUUCAGGUGAUGUAUCAAUCUAACAUAAACAAUGCGGAUUGAUCCCAGUCAGUGAUGAGGUCCAAAUGAUGUUAUACUGUAUGCGUCUCCGUCAAUCACAAUGCUCCGCCUGAACUGCUGUAUAUGAGCAUAUACACUCACUGAGCACUUUAUUAGGUACACCUACUUAUUCAUGCGUUUAACUAAUCAGCCGAUUGUAUGGCAGCAGUGCAGUGCAUAAAAUCACGCAGAUACCAGUCAGGAGCUUCAGCUAAUGUUCACAUCAAUCUUCAGAAUCAGGAAGAAAUGUGAUCGAAGUGACUGACCAGGCUGGUCAAAGCUGACAGGAAGCUGACAGGAAGGUGACAGUAACACAAAUAACCACACAUUACAACAGUGGUAUGCAGAAGAGCAUCUCUGAACACACAAUGCGUCAAACCUUUAAGUGGAUAAGCUACGUCAGCAGAAGACCACUGCGUCUAAAAAAAUAAGUCUAAUACCUAAUAAAGUUCUCACUGAGUGUACUUCUCCAGUAAUCCUCCAUGGAAAAUCUGACUGAUAAAAAUGACAGUUGGCAAUGCUGUGAAUGGAUUCAGCACAAACCUCCUGUGCUUAUUGAUUAGGAGGAGUACGGCUCAAAGAAAGUUCUCAUCAAUUUCAGCUGCAGUGCCACCUACUGACUAAAACACAGAUAGGAUUAUACAACUUUUCAUUUAUCAGAUGAGUGUUUUUUUUUCCUUGUGGCAAACAGGUAUGAGUUUGCUGAAAGUGAACUGCAUGGGCCUGCAAAUUCUUAGAUUUAAUGUUUCAUGCGAAAUAAAAUCAGUACAACUAUUGAUUGUAUUCCUGCAGUGGGACCUCAUGCCUGUGGUAGUAUUUGUCCUGGCUUUAAUAUUUCAGCACCGAAACUCUCUCUGGGUAACUGCUUUUUUUGUGAAUAGUCAUUUCCAACCCUCCCCUUUGCAUUUGACUGUUAAUCUGCUACCAAAUUGCUUCUAUGAAAGAUGUGAUAAGAAGUUAUUUUCCCCAAUUUCUACGUUACUAAUCCAGCACAAGAUGUUGUUUUCCUGGUGUGUGGGAAGCAGGAGGGAGAGAGGGCCAUCUGGGACAGGAUAGCAGUGCAUUCCUGCCUUUUAGUCAUCCAUGCCCAAUGCCAGCCAGUAGGACCAGUGUGAACUGUAUUUGCAUAGAUGUGCUUAGUGACGUGUUCUCUGAACAUUCCUCUUGGCUGAGAGUUGAAGGGAAUUAAUGUUGCCUAGUGAUGGAGGACAUUCAGUGGUUCAUGUGGACUAGCUCUUUCUUGGAAUCUGCAUCACAACGUGGGAGUACACUUGAAAACGGACCGCUCCACCAAGCAUUGCAUGCUGCACUCACAUACACCACACUGGUAAUUGCUAGAAAAUCACACAAGGAUCACAUUUUUUUGUUUAAACAUCUGUCAGGAUCAUGUUUAUCCCCAUUCCUCAAAUAUAAAUAUCUUCCACCAGCAUUAUUCUUCUUAGUUACUUACAUUCAGAACCACUGCUGUGUCUCUCCCGUACAUUGAUUGUUUUGCCUGGUAAAUAUUGCUUUUGGAGCAGUUAAUAUGAAGGCUGUUGCACUGAAUAUAAGAAGUGUGAUGAAGUAAAAGUCCAUGUAUCAAUAACUGAUUUUGUUUACUGCUAUUUAAAAACAACUUUGGCCAGUUUAAAACAUUUUUUUUUUGUUUGCUUGUUUUAUGCUUUGUAAAAUUAGGUGAUGGCAAGUGUAUAUUACAGGUAUACAAUGACAACAGGUGUGUGCAUAAACAUGGUUUACUCUGGCUGCUGGUGUGCAGCAUGCUGAAGUCAGUAUAUUUAUUUUAAUCAAAGUCAAUCAUGUCACUCAUUUUCUUCUUACAUGGUACAGUUUAGAGAAUGUUGACCUCUAUAUAGUACAGAUGUACCUUCUGUUUACCCUUGCCAUGAACCUACUAGUCUUUUGACUUUCCAAAUGUACUGUAUUUUGAAGUUAUUUUAUUUGUGUAUUCUCUCCUGUCUAUUUGUAGACAUUGUUUAUCACAUACAGUGCAGUCCGACAGUGGGUACAAUUCCUGUUAUUUUGGCUCUGUAGUCCAUUAGAUUUGAAAUUAAACAAUAAAUGUGAGGUUAUGGUGGUGACUGUCCCCUUUAAUUUAAGGGUAUUUGCAUCCUUAUCAGGUGAUGCUUUUUUAUACAUAGGCCCCCAAUUUUAGGGGACCAAAAGUAAUUGGACGGUGGGUUUCUCAGCUGGCUUACUUGACUAUCAUUGGUACAACACUGGACCUCAUGUUGGCAAAUGCCAAUAACAGACUCCAGAGGCAAGCAAAAGCCUAGAAUCAAGAGUAGAUACUGAAAGCUUUCUUAUACCUGCACAAAGGAAGCGAUUGAAUAAACCUGACUAAUCAGAAGCAGCUCAGAAGCCAACUGUCCGAUUACUUUUGGUCCCCUAAAAUGGGGGGUGACUACGUAUGAAAAGGGAUGUGAUUCCUACACGCGUCGCCGGAUAUGGAUGUGAAUACCCUGAAAUGAAAGAUUAAGGACAGUUGCACUUUAACCUCACGUGUGUUGUUUCAUUUCAAAUCCAAUAUGCUGGCCAAAAUAACAAAAAUUGUACCAAUUGUCCAAAUACUUAUAGACUGCUCUGCAAAUCUCUUUGGCUUAUUGCUCAUUAUUUAAGUUACAUUUAUAUUCAUCCACAACUCUUCACUGUACCCUUUCUGUCUGACACUACAAAUUUCCCAAGCCCUUCGAAUUCUGUGACCUGAAAUAUCUAUGACUGGCCAGAGCUUCUCAUGAUCCAACGAAGACUAGGCAGUCACUAGAUAUGUGCAAUACUAUGUUCAAAUGGAGAAAAAUAAAAACAUUAAACAUACUUUUUAAAUGUAUAUUAUACUGUAAAAACAUUAUGUAGAAUCUUCACAAUACAUGUGUGUAAUUGCCUAAAAUUACAAGAAUAUGUAUUUGAGUAAAAUGAAAUAUUUAAAACAAAUCAAGAGUUUAUAUAGCAAUACCAUUCAAAAGUAAACUGCUUUUUUUCCUUUUAUUCUGCUGUUCCUACCAUUAUAUCCCUAAUUAAUGCUUUGUAUUCUCAAAUCUGCAUUUUCCCAAGGUGAAUAAAAACCUUGUAAACAAAGUA